UGCUGUUGUGUGUAGUAUAACUCCACAAAACACACACACACACACACGCACACACACAGAGCCAAGUAGCUCCUGCUAGAUCUCUAUAAAUAUCCCUCAAAUUUUGAUAAUGCAUCUUGCAUUGCCCAAUCAUCGAUCCAUCAUUUCUCACACACUUUGCUCUUCAACCCAAAUGCCAAGAUUCCAUUUUUACUUAAACUUCUGAAGUUGUUAUACAUUAAAGAUACGCAUCCAAAAGAUUGGAUUGUUGAUUGAUUGAUUAUAUUGUCAUUAUGGGAAUCUGUGUAUCUUGUCACACCACAAGUCCAGGCGGAAGCUUCCUCAAUUUGCCAUCAGCAGCUCAGGUGAUUCACUGGAAUGGGAGGCUGCAAGAGUUAUGGCAGCCCACAAAAGCAGAGGAAAUACUAACCCAGAAUCCAGAUUUCUUUCUCUGCUGCUCGGAAGCCAUGAAUGUCGACUCUGUUCCGGGGGAAAUGGCCAAAGAUGAGGUUUUGCAGCUUGGACAACUUUAUUUCCUCAUCCCAGUUCCUAAGAUCAAUCAACCUUUUUCUUUGCAAGAUCUCUGCACGUUAGCCGUUAAGGGCAGCAAGGCUCUUAAUUGCAAUCCGGGAACGGGACGAUCGGCCGCAUUCCAAAUGUCAGCAAUUUUGCCUGAUCAGAGUAGCCCUCUGGCUAGAUUUUGUGCCGGAACUUUGGCAGAGUUCCCUAAGAAAGCUAUUAAUCUCUGAUGUUUAUGGUGGUUUAGUUAGAAACUAGCUAGGAUGAAUUCUCUAACAUUUCUCUGUCCCACAAAUGAUUUUAACGAAGAUGUAAGAUGUAAUGAUUCUCAAUCAAAUUGAGAAAGCAAUGUUUUAAGUAUAUCAAGUUUUUGAACCACAUUUUUACCUUCACAAUCCAAUCACCUUGAACCAAAACUCUUGGAUUCCCUUAAUCAAACCUUGAAAUCGUGUUAGAGAUUUUCUCACACGUAAACAGCAUAAAUCAUCGAAUACAAACUAAUUAAAUUGAUGAGUAUUUGGAUUCAUUAUCAAUUAGUUUUGGAUAAUAUUCGUUAGUCCGUGUAACAUAUAUUAGUGUAGUGUGAAAAUGGCCAAGCAUUUCCG